CCAAAAGCAAAGCAAAGUGAACAGUGAGUGAGUAUCGAGCCGAGCCGAUGAGAGAACAGAGACUGUAAAUUUUUGGCAAAUUUCCUUCCUGUUGUGUUACGGUCGGUCCGAAUGUGUUUCUAAAUUGCAAAAUUUGGCAGGAAAUUUGCGAAGAAUCUCGCCCGAAAUAUCGUCUUCCGGUAGUCGGUCCCAGUGGUGUCCGUAAGGCAGUGCCCGUCAGCGGGAUCUACGCGAAAUUGCGGUGAAUUUUGGCGAUUGAAAGUCAUUGUUAUUUUCUUGUGCGUGUUGUUCCUUGCCCCGUGUGUGAGUCGAUCGGUUCCGUCCGAAAAAAAAGUUCCUCUGCUGGCUGCUGCUGCUGCCACACAAAAGUGGAGUAAUCGAUUUUCUUCGACCAUCGGUCGGUCGCCGCGAGAAGAGUGUGUUGUGUGAAACCGAGUGCGUAGUUUCCCUCCCGGAAGAAAAAGAAAAUAUUGGCACUUCGCAUAGAGAGAGCAUAAUUGGACCGGUUUUUCCGGAUCGGCCGGAAGCCAAAGCGAGUGACUCUGUCUCGAAACCAGCGGGACGGGAGCCGAGUGCCGACGGAAAAGUCCUUUUUUCUGCCGAAGAAAAUGCUGCAGUUUAGUCCGCCGAUCGUGAAACGUUUGCUGGGCUGGAAGAAGGCCUCGGCCGACGAUUCCGUCGAGGGCAAAUGGUGCGAGAAAGCGGUCAAAAGUCUGGUGAAGAAGCUGAAAAAGUCCGGCGCACUCGAGGAGCUCGAGCGAGCCAUUACGACGCAGAAUUGUAACACCAAAUGUGUUACCAUUCCGAGAGCUCGUCCAGCUAACGGCGAAAAUGGAGUUGCGCUAAGGAAAGGUCUUCCACACGUCAUCUAUUGCAGACUUUGGCGCUGGCCAGAUUUACAGAGUCAAGCCGAGCUGAAAGCGCUGGACAUUUGCGAAUACGCGUACCACCUGAAGAAGGACGAAGUCUGCAUCAACCCGUAUCACUACACGAAGGUCGACUCGCAGUCGCAACAACCGCUGACGAUCCUCGUACCGAAGAACCUAUCCACACCUCAGGGAGGCGAAAGCUCCAUCACCUACACCUUGGACGAUCUAAGCAAUACCGUGCCGGUCAACAUUCAGUACAAUAAUGCGUUGAAUGACAACUAUGUGACCAGUCCACAGCCAGCAACCCCACAGCAGCAACAGCAACCACAGCCACCGCAGCAACAGCCACACCAAACAACCGCACCGUCCUACAUGGAGGUCACACUGGGUCAGCAGAUUCCGACCAACACCACGAUUAUGGACUCGGUGAACAUUGGCGUCGGAACGAUUCCCAACACCGAAACGCCACCGCCCGGGUACAUGUCGGAAGACGGCGAUCCCCUCGACCAGAAUGAUAAUAUGACGGAUAUGUCCCGCCUGUCUCCGCCAAUGGAUGCACAACCGGUGAUGUAUCACGAGCCCGCCUUCUGGUGCUCCAUCAGCUACUACGAGUUGAACCUGCGCGUCGGUGAAACAUUUCACGCCUCCCAGCCCUCGAUCACGGUGGACGGCUUCACGGAUCCAUCCAACUCGGAACGAUUCUGCCUCGGGCUGCUGUCCAACGUCAAUCGCAACGAGGUGGUCGAGCAAACCCGUCGGCACAUCGGCAAGGGAGUCCGCCUGUACUACAUCGGCGGGGAGGUGUUCGCGGAGUGUCUCAGCGAUUCGAGCAUUUUUGUACAAAGCCCCAACUGCAACCAGCGGUACGGGUGGCAUCCGGCUACCGUGUGUAAAAUACCACCAGGAUGCAAUCUGAAGAUAUUCAACAAUCAGGAAUUUGCAGCUUUACUAUCGCAGUCCGUCUCGCAGGGUUUCGAGGCGGUCUACCAAUUAACUAGAAUGUGUACAAUUAGGAUGUCCUUUGUCAAAGGAUGGGGAGCAGAGUACAGACGACAAACCGUUACCUCAACACCGUGCUGGAUUGAAUUGCAUUUAAACGGUCCACUGCAGUGGCUCGACCGGGUCCUAACCCAAAUGGGUUCACCACGAUUGCCAUGUAGUUCUAUGUCAUAAACAAAGAAGCAUUCAUUCAGGAAACAAACAGCAAAGAUUUUCUCGCGAUAGAAGCUGCAGAGAAACAAACAAGAAAAAAAACAAAGGAAAUAUCAAACAAAACAAAAACAAAUUCGUACUAUACUAAUUAAGGAAUGCUAGAAUUUACAUAAGGAAAGAGAGAUUGUGAAUGAUUGAUACCGAUUUUUGGGAUAAUUUUGUUUUAGUUUUCUUUUCGUCUGAAUCCUAAUCAUUGUUUUGCUGCAGGAAAGUAAAAAAAAGAACGCUACCUUCAUAAGAAAGUAGCGAUAACUUAAAGUUAUACCAAGUCGGGAAGGGAUCGCCCGUUCAGAUCCCUUUCAAACAAACCAUACAAUCUGUACAGGCUACAAGAGUGCGUAUACUUAUUGACUAACUAUAUUAUUGAUAACUCUUUUUUAAUUUGUUUUGUUGGCAGUGCCCUCUAGUGUCUACCUUCGUUCAUAUUAUUUUGUAAGUAGCGUUUGUAUUUUCCUAAUUAACCGUACUUUUCAAACGCGUACUCCGCUUUAAGCAUAUUAUAUUGACAAGAUGAUGAAUCAAUCAAACGUAGUUGCAUGAAUCAACAAAUUUUGUUUACAAAUAUAUUUUAUGAUACUGUUAAGCGAAUCGUAAUGCAAACGAGCGAAUCGAAAUUAGAAAUUUCCAAAUUCAAAAUUUAUUGAUACCAUUAUACAAAGCAAAUAAAAAAAAAACUGUACAUCUUUUUGGCACAAGACGAGGCAAGUACUCGCUAAAAAAAGACGGAAUCUAAGCAAACAACACAAUGAUGUUACAAAAUAACGAAACAAAAAAAAAACUGAAGCUAAUAAAAUUGGUAAACGACUGGUGAUUUUAGAAGUUCGUGAGACGGAAACAAAACAUGCACACAAAAAAGAUAAGCAAGCGAAAUCGAUUUUAUGCCGUGCGCAGUGCGUAAAAAGAAAGCAAAACACAGAGCGAAACGUAAUAUUUUCUGAGACGGUUUAACGAACGUUUUGAGAUGAUACGAUUAAGAUUAUAGGAAAGGAUGGAAAGAAAGAGAGACGAAAAACUGCGGGAAAAGAAGCAAAACAAAACGAAAGCAGAAGCAAGUAAAGCAUAUAUGAUGUUUGUGAUUUUUUAUCCUUUUGUCCUUUAUUUCGUUUUUUUGAAAAGAGAAACGAUUGAAAAAUUAGUAAGAAAAAAUCUAGAGAUUAGUUGCUUUAAAUACAUAUACAAAAGUAAAUUU